UGCUGUGUUAUCUCCAUUUGUUAUUUAAUACAUAAUAAAGAAAACUAAUAUAUGCUCAGAGAGAAAAAAAUAAAAAAGCAACAAAAUAAAAAAUAGUAUGAUUGGCACUCUAUCAGUGCGCACACGCGCGCACACACACACACAUAUACACACACACACACUCUUCAAUGCAUAGUUUUCUUUUACACUAUGGGGCAGGAUACUUAUAAUUAGCAUGAGCCGCAUAUGUAUCAAUCUUCAAGCACUCCCAGUUAUCGAUCCAUAGCUACUAGAGUACUAGUCUUAACCAUGGGGAAAUUCUUUGGGGAGACUACCAAUAUUCUUUAUGCUCUGAUUAUAUGCAAAUUUAAGCUUUAUUUUGCUUUACUCAUACAAUUAAAUUAUUUUCCAUACUAUGUUUUAAGUUAUUAAUGAUCUUGCAUUCUCAUAGGUUUCUGUUUUCAUUUUUAAAAUAUAGUUAAGCUAUGGAUAAAAGUUGGAUGAAUAAACCUCGACAUACAAAAGAGUAUCUCGAUGGUGUCAAUGAGUUUUUGAAGUUUGCGUGCGAGAAUUGUGAUACAAAUUCGUCGAAUUUGUUGCCCAUGUAAAAAAUGUGGAUUACGUAAGAUGUUUAUCCCCAACAUGGUAUAUGAUCAUUUGAUUAGUUAUGGAAUUUCUCAAAGUUACACCAUUUGGCAUGCUCAUGGGGAGAGAAUAGGGGGGGCAUCUUACCAUGCUAAUGAUGCCCAAAAUAAUAAUGAGCAAAUAAAUGAAGGCUCUAGUGGGAUGGCAACUAUGUUACAUGACGUUUUCCCCAUGUUUGAUCCUGAAAUAGUGGAGGGUGGGCCUGAAAUGGGUGUGGAUGCUAGAGAGGCUGGAGUGCAAAAUGAAAAUCGACAAGGUUCUAGUGAAAGAGUUAAUAAAUUUUACAAUAUGUUGAAAGAUGUUGAUGAGCCAUUAUAUGAAGGGUGCACAAAACAUACUAAGUUUAGUGUUAUCGUAUGUCUCUGGAAUAUGAAGUGUUUGGGUGGAUUGAGUAAUAGCAUAUUCAUAGAACUACUUGAAUUUGUGAAUGAGUUGCUUACACUAGGAGCAUCAUUGCCUAAAAAUGCGUAUGAGGCGAAGAAGUAUAUGAAUGAGUUAGGACUUGGAUACGAGAAGAUCUUAGUAUGUCCAAAUGGUUAUAUGUUAUUUUGGAAGGACAAUGAGAAUCUGGAAACAUGCGUGGUAUGCGGAGCGUCAAAGUGGAAGCAAAAAGAGUCUAUGGAUGAUAUGUCUAAAAAAGGUAAAAGAAGUCCAGCGAAAAUAUUAAGGUGGUUUCCGUUGAAAACAAGGUUGCAAAGACUUUUUAUGUCAUCGAAGACUUCUGCACAAAUGAAAUGGCAUGCUAUGGGCCGCACAAAUGAUGGGUUAUUAAGGCAUCCAGCAGAUAGAAUGGCCUGGAAAACGUUUGAUACACAACAUGAUGAUUUUGCCUCUGACCCCCGUAAUGUUAGGCUUGGUUUAUCUGCAGAUGUCUUUAAUCCUUUUGGGAACAUGAGCAUUUCUUAUAGUACUUGGCCGGUUAUGUUGGUACCUUACAAUUUACCUCCUUGGAUGUGCAUGAAACGAUCAAGUUUCAUGCUAUCGUUGAUUAUAUCAGGACCAUCAUCACCUUCAAUGAAUAUAGAUGUAUACUUAGAGCCUCUGAUAUCAGAAUUAAAGGAAUUAUGGGAGGUUGGAGCACCAACCUAUGAUAUUUGCUCCAGAGAGAUCUUUACAAUGCGCGUAGCUUUAAUGUGGACGAUAAAUGAUUUUCCUACGUAUGGUGAUUUGUCUGGGUGGAGUACGAAAGGUCGUUUAGCAUGUCCUAUUUGUAUGGGUAACACACGAUCUAGAUGGCUGAAAUAUGGAAAAAAGUUUUCCUAUAUGGGGCAUAGACGAUUCUUACCAAGUAAUCAUAGGUGGAGAAUGAUGGCAAAAACAUUUGAUGGUACACGAGAAAUUGAUCCUUCACCUACUAUGCCAACACCUGAUAAAAUCUUGGAACAAUUAGAUGAUUUAAAUUGCAAUGAUAGAACAGAUCGUAAAAGAAAAAGAGUUGUGGGGUCGACUAGUGUUAAGGAACACUCAUGGAAGAAAUGUAGUAUUUUCUUUAGUUUACCUUAUUGGAAGGAUAAUUUAUUGCGUCACCAUCUUGAUGUGAUGUACAUUGAAAAAAAUGUGGUGGAUAAUAUUGUUGGCACACUAUUAAAUAUUGAUACAAAAUCAAAAGAUGGCAUAAAGGCACGCCUUGACUUACAAGAUAUGGGUUUGAGACCACAACUUCAUUCGGUUAUAACAGAUGCAAACAAGACAUAUUUGUCUCCUGCUAUUUUCACAAUGAGUAACAAAGAAAAAGAAGACUUGUUGAAGGUUAUACAAAACGUAAAAGUACCGGAUGGUUAUUCUUCAAAUGUUUCACGUUGUGUCAAGCUUCAACAACGUACCAUAGUGGGCAUGAAGAGUCAUGAUUGCCAUAUAUUGAUGCAACAGCUCCUACCAAUUGCAUUACGUGGGUCAUUACCUAAGAAGGUAAUAGAACCAUUAAUUGAGCUAUCUGGAUUCUUCAGGGGAAUUUGUUCCAAAACGUUGCGGCUUGAAGAUUUGGACCGAUUGGAAUCUAGAAUACCUUACAUAUUGUGCCAAUUAGAAAUGAUAUUUCCGCCAUCAUUUUUCACGGUUAUGGUUCACUUGACUAUACAUUUAGUUGCAGAAUGUAAGCUUGGAGGACCCGUUCAUUAUCGAUGGAUGUAUCCCGUUGAAAGGUACCUACACCAACUUAAGUUUCAUGUGCGUAACAAAGCUGCGCCAGAAGGUUCCAUUGCUGAAGGAUAUUUGCUGGAGGAAUUAUUGACGUUUUGUUCUCGUUAUUUAGAAUCCGCUCAAACAGUUUUCAAUAGACCAUCUAGAAACCCAGAUGAUUCUAAAGGGAAAGUUGUUGAUGUUCGCCUCGAUUUUAUGUCGUGGACCCAAGCACAUCGCUAUAUUCUCUUCAACUCUGACGAUUUCACUCCAUUUCGCAUGUGAGUUGCAAUGCUUGAUACCUAUGAAUUAAAUUAUAUUUAAUUUAUAUUUGUGAAAUUGUAACAGACAUUUGUGAUGUCGUGAACAUAUAAUAGAAUGCACUUGGAAAUAAUGAGGAAUACAGUUGAUGGAAAUCAUUUAUCAAAUGAUGAACUACAGAAGAGGCACGAAAACCAAUUUUGUAAUUGGUUCCAA